AUGAACGGUGCCGCACUGAGGGCCUCGUCUCUUUCUCGAGCAGAAGCCUUCUCCCCGCACGCCGACGUCUUCUCGCGCGUCAUAGCCCGGCAAGACACGCAAGCGCACGAGCUCGCCUCCCUCGCCUCCCAAGUGACGGACAUGCAAGCAAAGCUGCGCGCGCUCGCGCGCGACCCGGCGCCGCCGCGCGAACUCGCCCUCGACGAAGACCUCGCGACGGCGACGCGCGACCUCAACGCCGGGCUCCACGUCCUCGAGGCGCGGAUGGACCGGCAAGACGCGCUGAUUCGCGCACUCACGCUCGCGGUCGAGGCGUUGGCGGGCAAGGUGGCGGAGCAGAAUACGCAGCUCACCCAAAUUGUGGCCGCGCGCCCCGACACGCAGAUGGCGGCGCUGCGUACUGAGCUUGGCGAUAUGGGCCGCUGGUGCGAGCGGUUUAAUAGUGCUUACGACCGUACGGUCGCGCGGUGCGCCACGCUCGAAGUCAAGCUCUCGGCGGCGAACGAGGAAGUCGCGCGGCUCCGGGAGGCUGCGCGCGUGGCUGCGCACCCCGUCGAGCGGGACACAGCGGACGAGUACGCGCACACAUCGACGCCCUCGCCUGUUCACCGCCAAGUCGCUGCUGUCCGCCACGGUAAUGGCAGUAUUGGCCGUAGUAGGCGCAGCUCCAGCCGCAAAAAGGCGCCAUCAUCCGAGCUGGUGCCCGACGCAGGCGUCACGUCUUCGUCAUGAUCAGUCCGCUGAAUAUCGUUCGUGUUCAACACCUCACCACAUCAGUAUGGGGCCACUACACACGCCUUGCCCCACAUGUCUGUCUCCACAUGCAGUUCACACGUGC